AUGAGUGGUACUGGGAAAAGUGAGAGUGGUACUGGGAAAAGUGAGAGUGGUACUGGGAAAAGUGAGAUUGGUACUGGGAAAAGGGAGAGUGGUACUGGGAAAAGUGAGAGUGGUACUGGGAAAAGUGAGAGUGGUACUAGGGAAAGUAAGAGUGGUACUGGGAAAAGUAAGAGUGGUACUGGGAAAAGUGAGAGUGGUACUAGGGAAAGUAAGAGUGGUACUGGCAAAAGUAGGAGUGGUACUGGGAAAAGUGAGAGUGGUACUGGGAAAAGUGAGAGUGGUACUGGGAAAAGUGAGAGUGGUACUAGGGAAAGUAAGAGUGGUACUGGGAAAAGUAGGAGUGGUACUGGGAAAAAGAGUGGUACUGGGAAAAAUGAGAGUGGUACUGGGAAAAGUGAGAGUGGUACUAGGGAAAGUAAGAGUGGUACUGGGAAAAGUAAGAGUGGUACUGGGAAAAGUGAGAGUGGUACUGGGAAAAGUGAGAGUGGUACUGGGAAAAGUGAGGCUGGUACUGGGAAAAGUGAGAGUGGUACUGGGAAAAGUGAGAGUGGUACUGGGGAAAGUGAGGCUGGUACUGGGAAAAGUGAGAGUGGUACUGGGGAAAGUGAGGCUGGUACUGGGAAAAGUGAGAGUGGUACUGGGGAAACCAACCUUGCUUCCUCGCCAGCACUUCCCCUCCACGACACCAUCUUGGCUUCCUCGCCAGCACUUCCCCUCCACGACCCCAUCUUGGCUUCCUCGCCUGCACUUCCCCUCCACGACACCAUCUUGGCUUCCUCGCCUGCACUUCCCCUCCACGACACCAUCUUGGCUUCCUCGCCAGCACUUCCCCUCCACGACCCCAUCUUGGCUUCCUCUCCUGCACUUCCCCUCCACGACCCCAUCUUGGCUUCCUCUCCUGCACUUCCCCUCCACGACACCAUCUUGGCUUCCUCUCCUGCACUUCCCCUCCACGACCCCAUCUUGGCUUCCUCUCCUGCACUUCCCCUCCACGACCCCAUCUUGGCUUCCUCGCCUGCACUUCCCCUCCACGACACCAUCUUGGCUUCCUCGCCUGCACUUCCCCUCCACGACACCAUCUUGGCUUCCUCGCCAGCACUUCCCCUCCACGACCCCAUCUUGGCUUCCUCGCCAGCACUUCCCCUCCACGACCCCAUCUUGGCUUCCUCUCCUGCACUUCCCCUCCGCGACCCCAUCUUGGCUUCCUCUCCUGCACUUCCCCUCCACGACACCAUCUUGGCUUCCUCGCCAGCACUUCCCCUCCACGACCCCAUCUUGGCUUCCUCUCCUGCACUUCCCCUCCACGACCCCAUCAUGGCUUCCUCGCCUGCACUUCCCCUCCACGACCCCAUCUUGGCUUCCUCGACUGCACUUCCCCUCCACGACACCAUCUUGGCUUCCUCGCCUGCACUUCCCCUCCACGACACAGUCUUGGCUUCCUCGCCUGCACUUCCCCUCCACGACACCAUCUUGGCUUCCUCGCCUGCACUUCCCCUCCACGACACAGUCUUGACUUCCUCGCCUGCACUUCCCCUCCACGAUACCAUCUUGGCUUCUUCGCCUGCACUUCCCCUCCACGACACCAUCUUGGCUUCCUCGCCUGCACUUCCCCUCCACGACACCAUCUUGGCUUCCUCGCCUGCACUUCCCCUCCACGACACAGUCUUGGCUUCCUCGCCUGCACUUCCCCUCCACGACACCAUCUUGGCUUCCUCGCCUGCACUUCCCCUCCACGACACAGUCUUGGCUUCCUCGCCUGCACUUCCCCUCCACGAUACCAUCUUGGCUUCCUCUCCUGCACUUCCCCUCCACGACCCCAUCUUGGCUUCCUCUCCUGCACUUCCCCUCCACGACCCCAUCUUGGCUUCCUCUCCUGCACUUCCCCUCCACGACCCCAUCUUGGCUUCCUCUCCUGCACUUCCCCUCCACGACACCAUCUUGGCUUCCUCUCCUGCACUUCCCCUCCACGACCCCAUCUUGGCUUCCUCGCCUGCACUUCCCCUCCACGACACCAUCUUGGCUUCCUCGCCUGCACUUCCCCUCCACGACACCAUCUUGGCUUCCUCGCCAGCACUUCCCCUCCACGACCCCAUCUUGGCUUCCUCUCCUGCACUUCCCCUCCACGACCCCAUCUUGGCUUCCUCUCCUGCACUUCCCCUCCACGACACCAUCUUGGCUUCCUCUCCUGCACUUCCCCUCCACGACCCCAUCUUGGCUUCCUCUCCUGCACUUCCCCUCCACGACCCCAUCUUGGCUUCCUCGCCUGCACUUCCCCUCCACGACACCAUCUUGGCUUCCUCGCCUGCACUUCCCCUCCACGACACCAUCUUGGCUUCCUCGCCAGCACUUCCCCUCCACGACCCCAUCUUGGCUUCCUCUCCUGCACUUCCCCUCCACGACCCCAUCUUGGCUUCCUCUCUUGCACUUCCCCUCCACGACACCAUCUUGGCUUCCUCGCCAGCACUUCCCCUCCACGACCCCAUCUUGGCUUCCUCUCCUGCACUUCCCCUCCACGACCCCAUCUUGGCUUCCUCGACUGCACUUCCCCUCCACGACACAGUCUUGGCUUCCUCGCCUGCACUUCCCCUCCACGACACCAUCUUGGCUUCCUCGCCUGCACUUCCCCUCCACGACACAGUCUUGGCUUCCUCGACUGCACUUCCCCUCCACGACACCAUCUUGGCUUCCUCGCCUGCACUUCCCCUCCACGACACAGUCUUGGCUUCCUCGCCUGCACUUCCCCUCCACGACACCAUCUUGGCUUCCUCGCCUGCACUUCCCCUCCACGACACAGUCUUGGCUUCCUCGCCUGCACUUCCCCUCCACGAUACCAUCUUGGCUUCUUCGCCUGCACUUCCCCUCCACGACACCAUCUUGGCUUCCUCGCCUGCACUUCCCCUCCACGACACCAUCUUGGCUUCCUCGCCUGCACUUCCCCUCCACGACACAGUCUUGGCUUCCUCGCCUGCACUUCCCCUCCACGAUACCAUCUUGGCUUCUUCGCCUGCACUUCCCCUCCACGACACCAUCUUGGCUUCCUCGCCUGCACUUCCCCUCCACGACACCAUCUUGGCUUCCUCGCAGUAG